GACAUAUGGUCACUUUCACUUUAUCUCUGGUGCAACGAGCAUUACUCUCUGGUGUAAUAAAAUGUUUUGAUCUUGAAUUUUUGGUGUGGUAAAUUUUGUGAGAAUAAAAAUAUGAAGUAUUUCUGUAAACCUGUACUAUGUUUUGUGUUUUUGACCAUGUUGAGUUCCGCCACAUCAGAUGAUUUUGAAUUAUCAACAGAUACGUACGGUAUCGAAGGAAAAAUUUUCCCCCCGGAAACUUACGGGACUAAUGGCAACUGGCAGUCGUUAACACGUAUUUUAGUGAAUGGUGGAGAAUAUUUAGGGUUCUUGAAGGAAGAUGGCACCUUUACAGUCAACAAUGUACCAUCUGGGUCAUACGUUCUGGAGAUUGCAAAUCCUAACUUUGCUUACGAACCUGUUCGUGUUGAAAUAAACUCCAAAGGAAAAUUUCGUGCCCGGAAAGUUAAUUACAUACAACCAUCAGUGGUCACACAUGUCAACUAUCCUUUGAGAAUAAAGCCAUUGGCUCGUUACAGGUACUUCCAAGUACGUGAACAAUGGCGAAUAACUGAUUUCUUAUUCAGUCCAAUGGUGCUGAUGAUGGUGUUGCCCCUUGUUCUCAUCAUGGUACUCACCAAAAUGAUGAGUGAUCCAGAAACAAAGAGGGAAAUGGAGCAGUUGAACAGCAACUUCAAUUACAAUGUUCCAGAAUUUUCAGAAGUUCUAACCUCUUUGUUUGCUGGAGCAGAAAAACAAAAGAACCGUGCUAUCAAAUCAAGUAAGAAGAGGCAGUAACCAUAUAACUGUUUUGUUAAAUUAAAAUACUUUAGGGCAAAAUGUAUAUGCUGUAUAAAACUAUCAGUAUUUUUUCUAACACAUUUAUUUCAUUAUUUGAUGUUUAUAAGUGUUAAAAAUAAAUGUAUAAACUUGUUGUUGGUUUUUAAGAGUCCCUUAAUAAACUAAUCAACAACAAACAA